UAUACAAAUGCAGAUGAAAUUUCUAAUAUCAAUACUAUCAAAACUAUUGAAGAAUUAGAAUCCAAUGAUGGUCAACUCAAAAGUUCUCAAAAUACUAGUAAACUACAAACUGCUGGUGGUCAAAAGUUACUUGAACACAUAAAUGCAGAUGAAAAUAUUUCUAAUAAUAGUAUUUCUAUUAAUGAUAGACCACAAAAUGUCGGUGAUCGACAUCCCAUAAAUUCACCCAUAAGAUCUCAAAAUAUUAGUGGACCACGGAAUGCUACUGGCCAACGUUAUAGAAAUCCAAAUGAACGUAGACGGCAAACCAGAUCUCAAAAUAUUUUAGAUCGUCGUGCUUUAAUUGAAGGAUCAAAUCCAUAUGCUGACUUACAAAAUUUAGAUACACUUCUAAUGACUUAG